AUGAAGAUAAUCGUAAACAAUCUCACUGGAGAAGGACGAACUUAUCAAUUUGAUGUUGAACCUUCUACUACUAUUAAACAACUUAAAAAACUUCUCUGUGAGAAGGCUGGUGAUAAUGUGAAAAAUAUACUAAAUAUGUUGUUGACUUUUGAUAAAGACAUACUCGAUGAAGAUGAAGCAACACUCUUGUCUUAUGGUAUGGAAGAAGAUUCUCAGCUAAGAUUAUCUGAUCUCAAUAUGCAAGCUCGAAACUUUGGUGUUAUUGGACUCAGAUUUGUUGAUGUAAGCAAUAGUACAGGUUUAAAACGACGUGAAUGGUGUAAAGAUGCUCCACGCUGGAGAAGAACGAGAUGUGGUUUAUGUCUUGAAGGUCAAUGCAAUAAUUCUGAAUGCGAAGCUUACAAUCGUACAGUUAUUAUGCCAAUGGGUUAUACAAAAUUCGAUGUUCUACUCGAUCCCAGUGAUACCAAAACUGUGUGUCCUCUAUGUAAAACUUACGUUCAGCCGACUAAUUGUGGUUUUAAUAAUUGUUGGUGGAAGUUCUACGGAAAAAAGCAGGACGAAAGUAAUGAUAAGAAACCACCACAAAACUGUUCGAGCGAUUGGAAUCAAGUGGAUGAUGCAUAUCAUUAUUUUGACCAGCUCAAAAGUGGCAUAGCGAUCUGGAGGCAACUUGUAAUUGAAGCUGUCAAAACGAAACCUGUUCAAUGA